AUGUAUAACGGUAUAGGACUUCAAACCGCACGCGGUUCCGGCACAAAUGGAUACGUUCAAUCGAAUUUGUCGCAUCUUAUGCAAGCAAGAAGAAAAAUCGAGUAUAAUGGCGAGGAAGAUUUGCGAAAAAUGGAAGCUGAUCUCAACAAAAAACCCAACGAAGAGAUUAUGGAUCACAACAGAAAGCGGCAGAUUGAAGUGAAGUGUACUGAAUUCGAAAUGCUACUCGAAGAUAAAGGUUUGGAUGAUGAAGAUAUCGAGAAAAAGGUCAACGAAUAUCGUCAGAACCUUUUGAAACAACUCGAAUCUGGAGAGCUCAACGUCGAUAAAGAGUUAGAUACGAGAGAGUCUCAUGCUAGAAGACGUGCCGCCGCUCAGAACAGAGAUAAAAUGAGAAACGCGUUGGGAUUGGGCGAAGACUACGUUCCCGGAAGUUCUAUGGCCAAAAUGAACAAAUCUGACAUUAGAAAGAAUUCCAGCUCAUCAUCAUCCGAUUCGUCUUCUGAUUCUGACUCGGACUCGGAGAGUUCAUCCUCGUCUUCUUCUAGUGAGGAUGAAAAGGAGAAGCGUCGCAAGAAGCGUAACAAGGAGAAGAAGAGAAAGCUGAAGGAGAGAGAAGAGAAGCGAGAAAAGCUGAGACGGAAAGAAAAGGAACUUCUGGCAGCUUCAGAGAUCAAGGAAGAGGUAGAAUCUAGUGAUGAAGAAACAAGAAAGCGUGCCGAGACCAAAAGGGACGACAGUAGACGUAAUGAUCGUGGGGAUAGAAGAAGAGAGAGAUCCAGAGAAGAUCGACGUGACGAGCGUCAUAGAAGGUCUCCAGAAGUAUACCAAGAUCGCAGAAGAUCUCCAGAGGAACGCCAAGAUCGCAAAAAAUCUCCAGAAGAGCGUCGAGACCGUAGAAGGUCUCCGGAAGGAAGAACAGAGCGCAGAAGAUCACAGGAAGAGCGUAGAAGAUCUCCAGAAGAAAGAACAGAGCGCAGAAGAUCUCCUGAGGAACGUAGAAGAUCACCAGUUCGAGAAGAUCGCAGAAGAUCUCCUGAGGAACGUAGAAGAUCACCAGUUCGAGAAGAUCGCAGAAAAUCGCCUGCUCGACACGAGCGUAGAAGAUCCGUUGAUCGAGAAGAUCGUCGUAGAAGAUCUCCAGAAAGAGCUGAACGUCGUGAACGAUCCAGAAGUGCAGAUAGAAGACGUGGCAAUAAUAGAGAAAGAAGUAAAAGUGUGGAGAGAAGACGUCGUUAUGAUUCAUCUGAUGACGAGGAUCGAGUGGCCACAAAGAAAUCGAGAGUGGAGGAGUUCGAAGUGAAGCAAGAGGUUCUCAGUGAUUCUGAAGCGACACCAGCCAAGAAAGCUGAAGUCCAAAAUGGUUCUCCUGAAAAGGGGAAGAAGAGACAACGAAGAGAAUCCUCAUCGUCGUCAAGCUCAUCUUCUUCUGAUUCUGGAUCUGGUUCCGGAUCGUCGUCAUCGUCAUCAUCUGAUUCGUCGUCGGAUUCAGAUUAA